AAGAAACAGCGGAGGGUCCGUUCCCGCUGGGACCUUUCCCAAGGCACAUCUGGAUCCACAGCAACACUCCCCAGGAUGGCUUGGAUGAGACUUGCCAUGAGAUCUGGAAACGUGUCCAACGACUUUCUGAGGAGCUGCAGGAGCCAUUGCUGGUGGCCCCGCUGCAGCACAGGCUCUGCUCAGACCUGCUGGAGAGCCUGUGGACAGACACCUCCAGAUCCCAGAGCAACAACUACUUGCUAGAUGAACCAGAGGGACUUGAAAGCAUAUACAGAGCAAUGAUUGGAAACAAAGAACGGGAGAUGAAGUUAAGAGCUCUCUGUGACGCUCAGCUUUCUGCUAAAUCUGUUAUCACCAGCCUUCUGUACUCGGCAAAGUCCCACAAGAACUCCAAGGGGCUGGAGGAUAGCAGCGCGACAGGCACUGGCAGCACAGAGAGCAGCAAGCUGGAGGUGCCGCUGAGGGACACAGACACAGCUAAAGGCACAGGCAGCCAGGCAGUGGCUGAGGAAACAAAGGUGGUGAAGGAGGUCAGCUCUGCCAAGAGCACUACAGCCCUGUCAGCAACAACCACAGCAGGAAGUGAAGCCACAGGACAAAAGGAGCAGCUCCCACCGCUUGCCAAGACUUGCUCCAAAACCAGUUUUGAUGCAGUCACCAAGAACACAGUAACAACUGGAACACUGGAUAAGAAAAGUGUUAAAUACAGUGCAAGUACUUCAGGCUUUACUACUGCUUCAGUGAUCACAGGAUUGAACCAGCCAGUGUGGCAGAGUCUGAGCUUCCCUCCAUUUUCCAUCUUUCCCAACCACUUUCCACAGUUUCAGGGUCCGUAUCCCAGAGUGAGGAUCCCUUUCCAGCAAGCUGUGCACCCCUCCUUUGCAUGCUACUCAGGACAGGUAGCUCCAUACAGCCCCCAGCAGAUUUUCCCACCACCUCCCGCUUCCAUAGUGAACUACAUCACCCUGGUCCCGCCGGCGUACCCGUACCAGCAGAUCGGCCCAGCCACGCUGCCCAGCAACAUCCAGGACCUGCCACCGAUGGCCGGCGAUGGGCUCCAACUCCCAUUUUCCCCUUCCCGAGGGCUCGCUUCUGUACCUGGAGGAGCCGCGACACCUCGGCUCAACUACGUUACCAACGACAACUCAGGAAAAUUUUAA